AUGCCUAUUGAAACCAUUCAUUUCGUUCCAACCGUUAUCACAAACACUGGUUUACUUAGCAACUUUCCUCUGGCGGAAUUCUGUAAGCUAUCUUGCUUGUUGGAAGCCCGAGUCUUUGAUCUGACCAAAAUUUCGGGUUUCUCUGCUCAUUUCUAUUCAAGUACAUUUUUUUCCGUGGAUUCUUCAAGUCCAUGGUCUCUUCCAAUGAUCCUUCUCAUCAUAACGACCAUCAUGUUAAUGCGUGCAACACCACCUGAGGAACACAACGCGGCCGUCAGGAGGCAUGUCCUGUCCUUGAUAUCCAUACACGAGGACCAAGAAGGCCACAAAUUCAACUUGGAAAGCGCAGAAAUUUUGGCAUACGGAGGCACGAGGCACGGAAGAUAA